CUUUCUAUUUAAAUACAAUAGCGAUUCUAUUUCAAUUGGUUGUUUCAAUCGGGGUAAGAAAUAUUCUCAACAUCUCAACACAAUGUAUCUAGGAAUUCUAGGCGAGUAAAAGUUGCCAGUACUGAAAGCUAAAUUCACGAGCGUUACGCUUGUUUGUUACAAUUACUGGCGGCAAAGUUACCGAUUUACCGAUUCGAUUGUUUCUUUUUCCAUAAAACAGAAAUUACGACACUUUAAAGAUCUUAAAGGUACAUGUGCAGUUUUGUUGUAGAAAUGAGAAACAAUAAAAUUCUGCUAGUGGGGGGAGCAGUUCUUGCGUCGGAAGUUCUUUGGUAUAUCUACAAAAGAGUUCAUAACGUGUGGAGUAAUUAUGUAAAUACGCGCAAAGUGCUGGAAGUACAGAUACCUAAAUCGAAACAUGACAUUUCUGAGGUCAUGUUUUUUACCAAUGAAUCUACUCUUUGUCGAACACACUUCACUACCAAGAUGACCUGUCCUAAAAACAAUUGUCCGGUUCGAUAUUUGAGACAUAUAGAAAGCUAUAUGAAUCAUGCAAAACAAAGUUUGGACGUUUGUAUGUACAUGUUCACUUGCCAUUCGUUGUCAAAUGCAAUUGUGAACGCUCAUAAACGAGGUGUACUUAUUCGAAUAAUACUGGAUCGGCAAAUGGGCUCUAACGAUGCCGCACAAACGGCGUUAUUCUAUAAUAAUGGAAUCGCGAUUAGAUUAAUAUGUCAGGAUGGUCUGAUGCAUCAUAAGUUCAUGAUCGUGGACAACGAUUUAGUAAUCACUGGUAGCACAAACUGGACCAUGUCUGCAUUUUUUGGAAACUUUGACCACAUUAUAGUGACUAACCAGCAUUCGUUGGUAAAGCCAUUCGUCGUUGAAUUUGACAGGUUGUGGAAGGCAUUUUCAAAGACGCAAGAAAGUUAGGAAAACUUGAUUCAGCCCUCGUCCGAUGACACUUUAUAAUCUACCUCUGAUCAUCGAAUUGAGACCAUACGUAGAAAUUUCACUUGUUCAGCUAUAAGAAGUUACAGAUAGCCGUAGAUGAUUAUAUAUUAACGAAUUAAUUGAAUUUAUUACUGUACCAUGUCGAAGAAUAUCCGCGUAUAUCCACGGCCAGAUAUCCACUCCCGAUUUGAAUACCAUUGAAAAUGUUUGGAGCCUGAUCAAAUCAGCUAUAUGCUCAUCUUUAAAAACAGCUGAUUUGAAAACGAAAAUUCGGUAUGUUUAUAAAAGUAGCGAGGACAUAAAGGCAGCGUAUGACGAGAGAACAGAAAGAAAAAAAAUCACGUUACUCGCGUCUCUAGGUAAAAAGGUGAGAAGUAUUGAAAAUUUGGUAAUGAUCCUAAUGAUCAAAUGAAAGAAUGAUUAGCGUGGUAUUUAUAUAUGGUAGACUUAUAUGGAAUUUUAUCGAACGACGAUAAGAAAUAUAAUUGAAUCGAAUAUACUGCUCCUUAAUCGCGUUUUUGCUAUCUCGUGUUAAUUUUGGACGUACGUAGGUAAACAUGUUCCUACACGAGAUAAAUACAUUCGCACGUUGUAAGAGAAGCAUGUAACUUGGGAAAGCAAACGAUUCAGAAUAAACGUGCGACGCGCGGAAAUAGCAACGCGUAGGCCCAAAAUAUCCAUUGUAUCCAGAUACGAUAAAAGCCGAAUGCACGUUGGCGCAGUUUGACGUUUGCUAAUCUGCUUUUUCCUGGACUGCGUCUACGUCAAUAGUUAAGAACGGAUCGUUAUUCAGGGAAAUGUAUGGUUCUCUAACUUGAACGUUGCUUGUUCUGCUUGCGCGAACAAUUUCCGAAAUAUCACAGCCAACGAUUCCGCGAAUCGUUCGCUUCUCUCUCGAAUCGCGUAAUAAAUUUUCCGAUUCCACUUUA